UCCAUUUCACUACACAAUACAAAACAUACUCCCAAAUCUAAACCUUUCUCAUUUCUCUCUCAGGUUUUGUCCUAAGUCUCUCAAUCUCUAGGGCUCGAAUUCUGUGUUUCGCUUUGCAUACACACACACACACACAAAUUAACGCUACGAUCGAUGAAAAUGGCCAUGACGGAACGAGCCCAAGCAAUGUGGCGCACGUGCCUGGCCUCGGCCUUCAGGACGGCCCUUGCCUGCACCAUCGUCGGAGCCGUGACACUCUACGGCCCCACGUCGCUCCUCCGUUACGUAGCAUUCCCGGCCUUCUCUUAUGUCACCGUUAUACUCAUCAUCACCGACGCCACGCUCGGCGACACCCUCCGAGGUUGCUGGCUCGCCGUCUACGCCACGUGUCAGAGCGUGGGUCCUGCUCUCAUCAGCCUCCACCUCAUCGGGCCCGCGCAUCUCUCCGCCGGUACUUGCGCCGUAGCCGUGGCAAUCGCCGGGCUCGUGGUGGUGCUGCCGAGCGAGUCGACUCACCUGGUGGCGAAGCGCAUCGCUCUCGGGCAGAUCGUCAUCAUUUACGUCAUCGCUUACAUCAAAGGAGCCGACACGGAGCCCCUCAUGCACCCUCUACGCGUCGCCGCAAGCACCGCCGUCGGCGUUGUAGCUUGUGUUUUCGCUCUUCUCCUCCCGUAUCCUCGUCUGGCUUCUCGAGAGGUGAAACAAAGCUGCAAGGAGAUUGGCCAAAAUAUAUCGGAGAGACUGAAGCUGUAUAUCAAGGCCUUUAGUGCUGAUGAUGCCACGUCAGCAACCACGUCGAUUUCUCAGGCCAGAUUAUUG